UACUUCUCCAUUUCCUCAUCAUCUCAUUCUGUAGCUCAUAUAAAAAAAACACACACGCCCUUAUCCCUUUCAUAUUCUCACCCUCCUCAUCCCCACCAACACCAUCUCCCAGUACUCUAUAGCCAGUUAAUUUUUUCAUCUUUCAAACAAACAAACAAACAAGAUCAUCAACUAUCUAGAUCCACAAACACAUACUAUGGAAACUACUCAUCCUUGGUCUGAAGGUCCAUCAACUACUCGGAAAAAGGUUAUCAAAGAGCUAGUUGAAGGCCGAGACUAUGCAACCCAGCUUAAGUCCAUUCUCCACAAGCCCUUGGAAAUAACUCAUGACCAUGCCUCACCCUCACCCUCACCUCAUGAACUUGUCUCGAAAAUCUUGAGAUCUUUCACUGAGACUCUUUCCGUAUUCACUUCUUCUUGUGAGUCUGGUGAAGUAAUUCAUCAGAAUCUGGCUGUUUCCCAUGCUGAUUCACAUUGCGAUGACCCCAGGUCUGAUGACUCUGGCGAGAGUAGAAAGAGGCCAACUCCCAAGGAUCGGAGAGGCUGUUAUAAGAGAAGGAAGACCACACAGACAUGGGCAAAAGUUUCUCACACAACGGAUGACGAUCAUGCAUGGAGAAAGUAUGGCCAAAAGGAGAUCCUCAAUGCUAAACACCCAAGGAGUUACUUCAGAUGUACACGGAAGUACGACCAAGGGUGCCGAGCAACCAAACAAGUGCAGAGAAUGGAAGAAGACCCACAAAUGUAUCAAAUCACAUACAUAGGGCUUCACACUUGCAAAGACCCUCUAAAGGCACCACAAAUCAUCAUGGAACCUGAUACUUGGGAAACAUAUAUUGUUAAUCCCCCAGACUCAAUGUGGGGCAAUGGCAAACUAGCUGAUCAUGAUCAAGCGCUAAGCUCAUCCACUACCCCAACCAUAAAACAAGAAUCCAAGGAAGAAGCACUAAGUGAUCUAACUGAUAACCUCUCCUCCUUGGGUACUGAUAAUAAUAAUAGUUAUUUGUGGACAGAUUUUAAGGAUUUUGAAUUGGUUGGGCCUGCAAUUAUGUCCCCCAAGUUGGGGUCCGAUAACGGAGACGUGGUGUCUACUAUGUACUCCUGUACGGAGACGGCUUCUCAUGGUUUGGACUUUGGUGGUCAUUUUGAUGGUGAUUUCAAUUUUGAUGAUAUUUAGUAGUACUAAGUAGUAGUUCCUC